AUGGCGACGAUCAGUUCAGCAGCCCCGCGCUUCAAACUUGUGUUCCGCGUACCCCCGGCAGCCCUAGCGUCCGUCAAAAGCGCGAUAUUCUCUACGGGUGCGGGCCGCUAUCCGGGACCGGGCAAUUACACUGAAUGCUGUUGGACAACCAUGGGCACCGGUCAGUUCCGGCCCGGAGACGCCGCAAAUCCCCACAUCGGGAAAGUCGGCGAGCUCGAGGAGGUCCCAGAAGCUAGAGUGGAAACACUCUGCGUCGGCGAGGAUACCGUUAGAAAAGCCGUCGAAGCACUGAAGAAAGCACAUCCUUAUGAGGAACCAGGUUAUGAAGUGUACAGAGUAGAGGAUAUUUAA